CUGGCCUCAAGCUAUUUUACAAUGGCACCUUUCGUCGAGGAACCGACAACGUUCAAUGGGAAUGGUGUAUCCCACGCAAAGGGGAGCGUGAAUGGAGUUGAUGCUGCUGAUUCGUAUACCAUCCCUGACACUUACUUGGGGUAUCGGCGUCCCAUCAAGGCCAUUGUCAUUGGAUUCGGAUUCUCCGGCAUCAACGUUUCGUACAUUCUCGGCAAGGAGACAAAGAACAACAACAUCACUUUGCAGUUCUAUGAUAAGAAUCCAGAGCUCGGAGGCACAUGGUUUGAGAACACAUAUCCCGGCUGUGCUUGCGAUAUUCCGGCAGUGAAUUACCAGUUCUCAUGGCAUCCCAACACAGAAUGGUCAAGCUACUACGCGACGAACAAGGAGAUCCUGGCCUACCUAAAAUCCGUGGUGGCCCACCACCAACUCGACACAAAUCUGAAAUUGAAUCAUCUCGUCACUGGUGCUUGGUGGGAGGAAGACAAGGCUCGCUGGAGGGUCAGAAUCCAACCCAAUGACGAUCCUGACAGCGCCUUUUUCGAUUACGCUGAGAUUUUGAUCAACGCGACUGGCGUUCUGAACAAAUGGAAAUGGCCCGCCAUUCCCGGCAUCGGGAAGUUCAAGAACAAGGUCCACACGGCCGCCUGGGACCAGUCCCUCGAGCUCGCCGGCAAGAAAAUCGGCGUUAUCGGAAACGGCAGCAGCGCUGUCCAGACUGUAACUGCUACCAUUGACGAGGUCAAGGGAAUCGACCUGUUCCUGCGGUCACCCACCUGGGUCACGGCUGGAUUCGCUUCCAAGUUUGCUGGUGAGGGCGGCAGGAACGUCAAAUACACGGAAGAGCAAAGGAAGAACUUUGUCGAGAGGCCGGAGGAGUAUCUGGCCUACCGAAAAGCCGUCGAAAGAGAGAUGAACUCGAAUUUUGCCAUGGUGGUCAAAGGCACAAAAGAGCAAGUCGACGCAGCCGAGUUUGCCAGAGAAGAAAUGUUGAAAAAGCUGAAAGACUAUCCGGAACUGGCUGAGAAGCUCAUUCCCACAAACUUUGGCAUAGGCUGCAGGAGGCCGAUACCCAACAACGGAUACCUCGAGGCGAUAACGAGCGACAAGUGCAAUGUGACCUUUUCUAGUAUCACUGAAAUCACCGAGGAAGGUCUCAUCACAGCGGACGGAGUAACACACAAAGUCGACGUGCUGGUCUGUGGCACUGGUUUCGACACCUCCUACGUGCCCCGGUUCCCCAUCAUCGGACCGGAUGGUCUGGACUUGCGAGAGGCUUUCAAAGACUCUCCCGAGACAUACCUGAGUACCAUGGCACCUGACUUUCCCAACUAUUUCAUGAUGCUGGGACCCUUUGGACCCUACGGCCACGGGUCGAUCAUCCCAGCCCUUGAGGGUAUCACCAGGAACAUUUCCAUGCUUAUGCAGAAGUUUCAAACCCAGAAUAUCAAGUCGGUCAUGCCCAAGAAAGACGCGGUGGCCGAGUUCAGGGAACACCGGGCCCUCUACUUGAAGAGGACCAUCUGGGACGCCCCCUGCAGCUCGUGGUUCAAACUUGGUCCGACAGGCGAGAACAUCAUGAUGUGGCCUGGCAGCCGCCUUCACUGCCUGGACAUCAUGCUGAACCCUCGUUGGGAGGACUACGACUGGGAGUACCUCUACCCCAAUCGCUUCAGCUACUGGGGUAACGGAUUUACAACGGCAGACGCUGGGGAGGAAGGCACUGACAAGGCGUGGUAUAUUGGGGGGAUCUGAUGAAGCUAUGCCGGAGACCCUCAAAGGGUGAUAUGGUAUCAGGGUCGGCCGUAAAGUUGUUGAUGGAGGGAAAACCCCACUACCUAGUGCCUACAGCAGUGGAGGGACUUGUGACACUUGUCGAACCUUUUCGGCAGAAUUUGAGGCUGAUGCUAUUCUUCUAAGACUAUUGGUAAUCAGAACAGGGUAGAAAUGUAAACAACAUUGAAUGCAGACAAGCGGG